AUGGAUGAAUUGGCGAACGCAGACAUCCUCGAAGACACCCUGCACAGAGCGGUAGUUUUAAAAAAUGCCGAAAAACUGCGCAAAGUGGACGGCAUCAUCCCUCAAGAGGACUGGGGUACAACUGAUAUCAUCGUGUGUUUGGGCGGUGACGGCGUCAUCCUGCACGCGAGCAAGUUAUUCCAAGGGCCAGUGCCGCCGCUUCUCGGGUUCCAUUUCGGCUCGCUCGGGUUUUUGACAAGCCACCCAUCGGACGAAAUGGCUUCGAGCUUGCUUCAAUCCAUCGGACGAGGGAAGCCCGUGGUGAACAUCCAAGGAGGCGUGCCGAUUACGCUUCGCAUGCGUCUCGAGUGUACACUGGUCAAGGCAAAGGACAAGAUCGGAAGCGGUGGAACGGGCGAAUUCACGAAAAAGAUCACCGUCUUGAAUGAGUUGCUCGUUGAUCGAGGUCCAAGUCCGUAUUUAUCUCAAAUUGAGGCGUACGAUCGCGGAGAACUCAUCACGACUAUUCAAGCCGACGGCGUCAUUGUCGCCACCGCCACCGGUUCCACUGCUUACAGCGUGUCCGCUGGAGGUUCGAUGGUGCACCCGAACGUUCCAGCAAUCUUGAUGACUCCGAUUUGCCCACACACGCUGUCUUUCCGACCCGUCAUUUUCCCCGACAGCGUCGAAAUCGAGCUACGCGUUGCGCAAGACGCUCGAUGUUCCGCCUGGGUCUCCUUCGACGGCCGCGAUCGCUGCGAGCUCGAGAGCGGGGAUUCCGUGUUCGUCCGCAUGAGCCAAUACCCGAUUCCCACCAUCAACUACGCCGAUCAAACGGGCGAUUUCAUCAAUUCGCUUCGAAGAUGUUUGCGUUGGAACGAGCGAGACAUGCAGCACGCGUUCGACGCGUCUCAAAAGGAGGCUCUCAGAAAAAUUUCCGAAGCCGAAAGCAACAACAAAUAG